CUGAGUUUUUAGAGUCUUGGUAAAGGGUUCUGUUUGGUGAAUUCUCCUAUCAAAAUAAAGAGUCAUGUUUGAUGAAUUGGAUAACAGGAGAGAGAGAGAGAGAGUCAAAUUUGUUAUUGACAUAUGAAGACUGGUUUACCAUUCCAAUUAGACAACUAAAGAAAGAGACAAAAAGCUGCGUUGGAACUUGGAAACCCAAAUUUGUUAUUGUGGUGUGCCUUUAUCCGGCGUUUGGUCUCAUACUCCCACGUCUCUCUGUAAGUAACAGAUCCGACAUCACCACCAGAAAUUGAUAUAGAUGACCUCCGCCAUCGACCCCAACUAUUCUCCUUACGAAGUCGAAGACUGUCGGGGGGUUCUCCGACUCUACAGCGAUGGCUCCAUCGUCCGCUCCGAUCAACCAAGCUUCGUCGUCCCCGUCCCCGACGACGGCUCCGUCUUUUGGAAAGAUGUCCUCUUCGACCCCACCAACAACCUCCACCUCCAACUCUACAAGCCCGCUUCUCCCUCCCCCACCAAGCUCCCCGUCUUCUACUACAUCCACGGUGGUGGCUUCUGCAUAGGCGCACGCACUUGGCCCCACUGUCAAAGCUACUGCCUUCGCCUCGCUUCCCACCUUCAGGCCGUCGUCAUCUCACCGGACUAUCGCCUCGGUCCUGAGCACCGACUCCCAGCUGCCAUCGAUGACGGCUUCACGGCUGUCAUGUGGCUCCAAGCUCAGGCGGUAUCUGAGAAUCCUGAUCCUUGGUUGACAGGUGUUGCCGAUUUUGGCCGAGUUUUCAUCUCAGGUGACUCGGCCGGUGGAAACAUUGCUCAUAAUUUAGCUGUUCGACUCGCCGACGGAUCGGCCCAGUUGGCACCGCUCCGGAUCCGCGGUUUUGUACUCUUGGCUCCGUUUUUUGGCGGAACCGUGCGGACGAGGUCCGAGGCAGAGGGACCCACAGAAGCUUUCUUGAACUUGGAGCUCAUCGACAGGUACUGGAGGCUGUCUAUCCCUGUUGGAGACAAUGCAGAUCACCCACUAGUGAACCCGUUCGGACCGGCUAGCCCUAUUCUCGAACCGGUGGAAUUCGGACCGGUUCUAGUGGUGGUUGGUAGCAGCGAUUUGCUGAGGGACCGGAUCGAGGACUACGCAAGGAGAUUGAAGGAGUUGGGGAAGAAAGUAGAGUACGUCGAGUUCGAGGGAAAGCAACACGGAUUCUUUACCAUCGAACCCAACUCAGAAGCAGCAAACGAGUUGAUGCGAGUCACCAAACGGUUCAUUGCUCAGAACUCUGAGUAAGACCGAGUUUGUAAUCCAUGUUGCUGAACUGAACUGAAUGACUUAUUAAUUUGUCUUUUAGUGAAUAAAAUAAU